GAUGCACCUUUAGUUUGUGCCGUUCAAUAUGGGUCUCUUUACCUUUAGUUUGGUACUGCUCCUGGCUUUGCGAAACUUGCAUGCAGAGAAUCUGCACGAAUCUAUGACGGAAGAUGAACUCGCGUUUUACUUGGGAGUCGUAUCUGCUUCUUCCGCAGCCCCUGAGUACCAAGUGGUUUUCAUGAAUCCACCUUUAAUGGUCGAAGGUGCUGAGGGUGAAGGUGGAGAGGGCACCGAAGAACUCAAAUACGAAUUUCGCGCUUUCAAUGUUCCGGUAUCUCUGAAUCUGAAGAGGAAUCCUUAUUUAAUCGCACCAUCGUUCAAAACUUUCAAACACAACGACGGUGCGAGAAGAAUUCUGUCACGGACGCCACCAAGGUGUCACUAUCUGCACCGAAAUGGAGAUUCUGUGGCUGCGAUUAGCAUGUGUGAACCAAAUGAAGUUCGUGGAGUGGUUCUGCUGUCAAACGAGACUUUGCAAAUAAGCCCCUUGAGCCAGCGAUUGCGAACGAUUAUCAUGGAGCGCGAAGCGGCCGUGAUUGUCGAGGGGCAAGGACCCUCACCUGUGCCUCACCUGGUGCGACGUGCGCCGCUCAUGUCAGUCGAUAGCUUACUUGGCGAUGCCGUGCCUCUCAUUUAUGACAAAGAAGCGGCUGUUUUAGCCGAAAAAGCUGAAGACCUUGUUGGAAAAGAACAGAGAAAUUUCGAAUUUUUUGACGAGGAAAACAUAAAUGAGGAUGAAAAUAAUUUUGACGACGAGGACGAUGAAAAGACUGUUCGGAAACGUUAUUCUCGCGAGACCACAGAUUACAUUUUGGAGCUAGGAGUGUUUUUCGACGAAGCGGGCUAUCGCCUUUUCUCCCCUUUCUUCAAUUACGAUGACAAGCAAAUUAGGGACAUGCUGCUCGCCUACAUGAACGCGAUCCAAGCGCUGUAUUUGCACCCCAGCCUGGGGCGGACCGUGCAGCUAUCAAUUGUGCGAUUGGAUCUGUUCGCGUCGCAACCCUCGGACAUGCCGCACUACGGGGGAGAAAGGGGACAAUUGUUGGACUCGUUUUGCGCGUGGAACGAAAAACACAAUCCGAAGAGCGACUCGGAUCCCGGCCACUGGGACAUGGGUCUUUACGUGUCUGGAUUGGAUUUCUUUGCUUACGAGGGCAACCAAAAAAGUGGCGUUACCAUGGGUCUAGCAACUGUUGGCGGUGUUUGCACAUCGCAAUAUAAUUGUGUGAUUGCUGAACUGGGAACUGUCAAUACUUUUGGAAAACCGUACCCAUCCGCUGGAUUUACUUCUGUUUACGUUUUGGCACACGAAAUUGGUCACAAUUUGGGAAUGCAUCAUGACGGGACGAGCAACUCGUGUGCAAAAGAAGGCUUCGUCAUGUCUCCAUCGCGAGGCACCCAAGGCGAGACAGAGUGGUCGAGUUGCAGUGCGGCAAUUUUACGCGAUAUGAGCUGGGCUAAGUGUUUGAAAGACGCGCCUGCCAAAAUGUCGCAAGCAAACGACCACACGCGAUUCAAGAAUAUUCCAGGCCAAUACUGGACUCCCAAGAGACAGUGCGAGUUGCUCUUGAGGGACAAAGACGCGGUCAUUGAAGCGCAGGGUGCCUUGUCUGAGAUUUGCCAAAACUUAAAAUGCUCCACGCCUCACCGCUCUGGCUAUUACUUUGCUGGUCCAGCUUUGGAGGGCACGUCUUGCGGGAGAGAUUUAUGGUGCCAAGGAGGAUUUUGCGUUCAAGUCAAGCGGGUGGGCCAACAAAAGCCUAUAUCACAAUUUGCUGGUGGAUGGAGUGCUUGGAAGGAGGAAAAAUGUUCUUCCGGUUGCACUAAAAACUCUAAAGGGUCUACAAAUAAGCGAAGGAAUUGCGACAAUCCAAAGCCUGUGAACACAGAAGAAGGUUGUGAUGGACCAAGUUUCAGCGUAGGCUUGUGUGACGAUAAUAAAAUGUGUAGAAAGAGAAUAACGGUGGAGGAAUACGCGGCCAAGAAGUGCAAGGAAUUCAGCAGGUGGCUGCCGGAACUAGAUUCAACCACUGGUUUGCAAGCACCUCACGAGUCAGAUCGACUGUGGAUGUCUUGCUCCAUAUUCUGUAAGAGGAAAGACACAGGCGCCUUCUACACCCCACGGCUAGAGUUGAAUGAUUUAGGCGUUGAUCCGUAUUUCCCAGAUGGAACUUUGUGCAAUACUGAAGGAGGAAAAAAUUUCUUUUGCUUGCAACAUCAUUGUUUACCAGAGGGUUUCAACUUUGAUGAAUCCGGGGCGAGAGUAAUGAAAGAAAAUGAAGUUCUGUUGCCACAAAAUGCAGGCUCAAAAGAAACACAGUCGUGGCCGCAAAAGAUUUUGAAUUUCUUCAGUCUUGGCAGCGACAAGAAAUCAAAGCUCAAAACUCUCAAUUUAGGCCGAUCUGACUUGGAUAGCUUAUUUUCUGAGGAAGACUGGGAGGAUAAAGAUUAUAGAGAGAUUCCUCAUUAAAAAUAACGAAUCUUGGUGUCAACGGGGUUAUGGGUGCGGAUCGAUAACAAGCUGGGGAAAUGAUAAAAUGGAUUUUUGUUGAUUGCAACUGACUUUAGCUAUCAUAAUAAAUUUUAUUAAAACCAAUCACCACAUUAUAAGUUUAGUCAAAUUUUUAUUUAAUAUAGAGAAAUUGACACAAAAUAAAUCAUAUCUUCACAUAAUGUUAAUUUGCACAGCGCGUCAAGCAUUUCAUGCAAAUUCAUAUAAAUAAGACACAGAGAGAAUAAGUUUGUAGGUCAAAAAAUUUAUAAAAAAAAUUACUUUCAAAGUUUCCAAACUGAAUUUAAGAAAUUAAUAAAUUUUCAAAAAAUCAAAAUAUUAAACCGAGAGCAAUUAUAAAUGCACCUGUUAAGUAGACAAGUAUGCAGCCAUAUGAAACAAUGAUGAAAUUCUUGAAAACAUAUGUUCUGCUGGUGAGAAGAAAACUUAUAAUUUAAUUAUUCUCUAAAAACUACUCCUGCAAUUUUCAACUUCCAAUUUAAAU